UUAAUGUGACGGAAACUUGUCAAAGCACGUAGGUUUGAGAUUUUGGUGCUGUUGACAACUGCGGGUCAACUGACGUUCACAGCGUGGGUACACUGAAAGAUAGAUCACAGCAAGGUGACAAAAAAUCACCGACCGACAACUGCAUUACGCCAUGGCAGCUUUGUUGUAUGACAUAGUACAACCGCCUAAGGACACAAGGAACACCCUGGUCAUCGCCCUGUCUGCACGAGCGUUGUUUGAUUUAGAGACCGAGGACAGAGUGUUCCAGGAGCACGGCCUGGAGGCGUACAUACAGUACAUGGUGGAGAGGGAAGAUGUCAUCCUGCCAAAGGGGCCAGCGUUCGAGUUUGUCAGGUCUGCUUUAGCUGUCAACGAUCAUAUCCGAGAGCUGGACCCGAAGGACAUAGAACUGUUUGACAUCGUGAUCGUGAGCCGUAACCACACACAGGCAGCGGUUAGACUUAUCAACUCUAUCAACCACUAUGGCCUGUGUUUGGAGCGGCUGUCCCUGACAGAAGGAACUGACCCUACCACGUACCUGGAGGCCUGGAAGGUGGACCUGUUCCUGUCACCAGAGGAGGGAGAUGUCAGGAGGGCCAUACAAGCAGGUUACCCUGCAGCAGUGGUGUACCAGUCGGAGACUGCAGACCUCCCCCAUGACCAGCUGAGGAUCGUGUUUGACGGGGACGCUGUGCUGUUCUCAGACGAGGCGGAGAGGGUGUAUCAGGAGGGAGGCUUCCCGCUAUUCUUCCAAAACGAGACAGUAAAGGUUUCAACACCACUGGAUGAGGGUCCCAUGACAAAGUUUGCCCUUAGGAUGUCAGCAAUGCAGCAGAAGUUUCACAAGAAAAGAGUACCAUGCCCCAUCCGCACCUACCUCCUAACGGCCAGGUCGGGCGCGAGUACGGGAAAACGUGCCAUCCUAACACUCCGCCACUGGUGCCUGCAAAUUGACGAGUGUAAUUUCAACGCGGGGGCGGGAAAGGGCGCCAUGUUGAGGGCGAUACGGCCGCAUCUGUACCUGGACGACUCGCAGAGGAACAUUGACGCGGCUCUGCAAGAAAACAUCUGUGCAGCGAGGGUUCUGUAUGGUGUACAGGACAAAGGGACUGAGAGAGAGCCCACACAGAAAGCACUGAGGAAGAAAGAAAGAAGUGAGAGCAAUGGAGAAAAAUGAAAUCUUAAGAUCUAGAAUAUUGUUAACUGUAAAAAAGAUUAAGCCUUCAAACUUAAAAGUUUGUCAGAUAUAUGACAUUUUUUGUGGAACUUGAAGGAAAGUCAACACAGAAAAACAUGGCAAAGAAAACUCAGAGCAGCAGAAAUAUGAAACCUCAAGAUAUAAACUAUUUUUGUUAUUCGUUAAGAAAACAAAAUCUUAAAGGUUUAUAGUUUACAUGAAUAUCUUUCCUAGACCUUAUGUCUUUUGUAGGGACAAACUAGGAGGAACUGUGUGUGGGGGAAAAGGUGUCAUGUCAAAUUUUAGUGUACCAAUAGGGGUGGUUUGGGCCACAGGGGUCAAACCAUUUAAUUAGCUGACCUCCGACCCCCACCAAUAGGAGAGCAGUCGCCGCCAGCCUUUCUAGAGAAGUCAUAGGUCAGCAAUCACAUAAUGUACACUAUGCUUAUCUAUGGUCAUUUUUUUUACAUAUCACAUUUGCAGUGUAAAAAUCACUCUGAAAUUAAGUAGCAGGUAUCAAUCAAAUGGUUUCUUUUAUCUCAAGUAUCUGAUAGAUGUUCAACUCAACUAUUUUUCACAGUGACGUGUAAAAUCUAUCUAACUGAUGACAAAUGCAAGAAAGUGUCUUUAUGGUAUUCUAAGUAUGCCAGGGAAUACUGAAAAUAUUAGUCUGAUAAAAAGGUGAAAAGUAAUUCAAUGCUCAGUCAAUGCUUUAUUUAUCAACAAUGCUUUAUUUAUAAAAGCAUAGGAUCGCAGUUUCUCAGAAAGUUAUCAAUACAAUAUGUCUUCUGUACAUACUAACCAGUGGGAAUAUGUAUCAAUGUACUUACUAUUGUAUUGGGAAGAAUACUGGAAUGAAGAUAUGCAAUGUAUUGGAGUACAGAAUUUCUAUCAAGUUUGUAAAACUGUUAGGGUAAAAACACCUCAGUUUCAAUUUCAUAAUUUCAAUCAAUUUUCUUUCAUCCUUAACAAUACACUUGUUUACAAUUAUGAUCAUACAACAUAUGAUCCUUCUGCACUGUACUCUUCAAACACUAUUAUACUUAUUACAAAAGGAUGUACUGUAUGUGUAGCUACUAAGUUACAAUGAGAAUAUCAAAUUCUCCAACAUUGUUCUGUGAUCAUUUGUCUAUAAACAUGUACAAAAUGUUAAGAAACUAGUAUUAUCAAACAAUGACAUCUACAUCUCCUGUUC